AUGGACUUCACUGUGACAUUUUUCGUUAUAACAAUAAUUUUUCAGAAUAUAUACGAUUGCAAUGGAAGAAAAUUCAGAAACAACUAUAGACUACAUCAGGCACAAAGGAGAAAUUAUAGACAAGAAGAGGAUUCAGACGAUUCAGAGAUAAAUAAUCAAAGAUAUUACAAUUACCAUCCUGGAUCAAAUACAAGGCGUAGUAAUUGGGCACAAAUACCUAAUGCAUCUGAAGAAACAUUUAGGAGACAUGGCGACCGUAGUUAUGAUAAUCUUAAUGUUAAUGUUAUAAAACUCGGGUCUACUGAAAUUGAUGACGGCCAAUUCAAUCUUAAAUAUACCGAUGCUAAAAUACUUCCACUACCGCAGGAAAAGUUUGUUUUAGCACUUCUAAAAUUACCUGACACUGUAAGUUUCCUGUUAAUAUUAAGUAUAAUAUUAAAAUCUAAUAAUUUUGCCUGA